AUGGGCCUGACAAAUAAGGAAAAGGAAGAGAUCAUUCCGAACAUCAUUGACACGCGAAUCAAGGCCACCAUUGAGUCUGCGAUCGUGAGUGUGUUUCAGCAAGGCGAUGUGCUCGCCGCCAUCAUCCCCUCUAUUGUCACUGCGGUUCGCGAUGCAGUAAGCUCCUCUGUCAAAGAAGAGCUUGCUGAGUGUCAUAAAGAGCUUGGGCGUCAGGGUGAGGAGCUAAGCAACCUCACCGAGAAGUUUACUUCUCUUCAAAGGGCUCACGACGCUCUGCAGGCCAAGGUCAAUGAUUUGGAGCAAUAUUCACGCCGUAAUUGUGUCACCAUAACCGGCAUUCCUGAGCCACCUGGUGAAAAAUCAACGGAUGACGCUGUCCUGACCGUGGUAAACAACACGCUGGGCUGUGAUCCACCCAUCUCUCUCCAGGACAUCGACAGAUGUCAUCGUCUUGGUAAACCACGUUCCGAUGGAAAACCUCGACCAGUCAUCGUGAAACUCUGCUCCUAUCGAUGUAAGGCAAGUCUGAUGCGUGCAAAAUCCAAGCCCACCAGUAAAGCCAACUUGAGUAAGGACAACAUAUACAUCAACGACAACUUGACAACCGGCAACCUGCAACUAUUCAAAGAGGCUCGGCUACUCGUGAAGGACAAACGUCUAUCCCAAGCUUGGACCUACGAUGGCAAGAUCUUUGUUAGGUCUCUCAAUGGUGAGAGGAAAAUGUUGCGCGUCUCCUCUGAUCUUGAUCCAUUUAAAAGUUCUGAGUAA